CUUCCCUCGUACGCCCACACGAAAACGCAAAAUUCCAUCAUUUGGCGCUCACUCUCCUUUUCAGUUCUCGCUUAGGGUUUUCAAAACUCUUCACCUCCCAUUCUCCCUCCAACUCUCUCCCUCAAACCCAUUAAGAGAAUUACCUCAAAUCUAGCCCUUGAUUGCUGAAAACAUGCCUCCGAUUAAUUUGACGGAAGGGGCGAUAGCGAUGCUUUCGAGCGGCGACGCUCAAGGGACCGACAUCAAGCCGGUGCUGCAAGUCGCAGAUAUACGGCUGGUCAACACUCAGAAUCAGAAUAACAACGAGCGGUACCGGAUCCUUCUCUCGGACGGGGCGUUCACUCAGCAGGGUAUGCUCGCCACCCAGCGCAACGAUUUGGUACGAUCCGAGAAGCUGCAGAAAGGCUCCAUUGUCCAGUUGACGCAAUUCGUCUGUAACCUUAUCCAGAACCGCAUGAUUAUCAUCAUCAUUGAUCUGGAUGUGAUAGUUGAAAAAUGUGAUCCUAUUGGUGAACCAAAACAAUAUCCAACAAAGACAGAUGGGAAUGUUUCUUCGGUAGCCAGGCCGUCCACGCCCAGUCAGCCAAUGAAUCAGCCAGCUGCCAGUAGUGGUAAUCCUCCACCUUAUGGUGCCAGUUCAGUCAUGAGUUCAGCUCCUAGGCCAAAUGUGGGGGGCGGUGGUGUUCAUGUUCCUCAUUUGGGGGAAGAUCGUAGUGCAGGCUCACAUUCGUAUAGUAGUUCUUUUUCAAGCAAUAUGGAUGCCGGGAGAUAUAAAUCUUCAAAUGCUCCACCAGUAUAUCCAAAAACAGAAACUAGUCCUGUUGUUUCGCGGGCCCCUGUGAAUAAUUAUGUCCGCCCGCCUCAGUCACUAUAUCAUCAGCCUCCUCCAAUGUUUGCCAACAGAGGGCCAAUAGCUAAAAAUGAAGCUCCUCCAAGAAUCAUUCCUAUUGCUGCAUUGAAUCCGUAUCAGGGAAGGUGGACAAUUAAGGCUAGAGUAACAGCUAAGGGAGAACUCAGGCACUACAAUAAUCCUCGAGGUGAUGGUAAAGUAUUCUCCUUUGACCUUCUUGAUUCUGAUGGUGGAGAAAUAAGGGUGACAUGCUUCAAUGCUGUGGCUGAUCAAUUUUACCAUCAAAUUGAGCCAGGUAGAGUUUAUAUGAUCUCAAGAGGGACACUGAAACCUGCUCAAAAAGCUUUCAAUCACCUACGCAAUGAUCAUGAAAUUAUGCUGGACAGCACUUCCACUGUGCAGCCUUGCUUUGAGGAUGAUAAAUCAAUCCCACAGCAGCAAUUUCAUUUUCGCCCUAUAAGUGACAUUGAAGGCAUGGAGAACAACAGUGUUGUGGAUGUGAUUGGUGUUGUUUCUUCAAUCAGUCCAUCCAGCUCAAUAAUGAGAAAAAAUGGUACUGAAACUCAGAAAAGAACCCUCCAACUGAAGGACAUGUCUGGGAGAAGUGUUGAGUUGUCGUUGUGGGGAAACUUCUGCAAUGCUGAAGGCCAAACACUACAGAACAUGUGUGAUUCUGGGAUCUUUCCUGUUUUGGCGGUGAAAUCUGGCAGAGUUAAUGAUUUUAAUGGAAAAUCUGUAGGGACCAUAUCCACUAGUCAGUUGUUCAUAGAGCCUGAUUUUCCUGAGGCCCAGAAACUUAAAACGUGGUUCGAAAAUGAUGGAAAGAGCAUCCCUGCAAUAUCAAUAUCCAGGGAAACAAGUAUAGUGCGGACAGAUGUGCGCAAAACUAUAUCUCAGAUUAAAGAUGAAAAAUUAGGGACGUCCGAGAAGCCUGAUUGGAUCAUGGUCUCUGCCACUCUGACAUUCAUAAAAGUGGAUAAUUUUUGCUACACUGCAUGUCCCAUCAUGAUUGGCGAUCGUCAAUGUAACAAAAAGGUUACGAAUAAUGGGGAUGGGAAAUGGCGAUGCGAUAGAUGUGAUCAAUUAGUUGAUGAAUGUGAUUAUAGGUAUAUCCUCCAGAUGCAAAUCCAGGAUCACACCGGCUUAACAUGGGUGACUGCCUUUCAGGAAAGUGGGGAGGACAUAAUGGGUAUGUCUGCAAAAGAUUUGUAUUACUUAAAGUAUGAAGAACAAGAUGAUGAGAAAUUUGCUGAACUUGUGCGAAGUGUUCUUUUCACUAAAUUUUUAUUCAAGUUGAAAGUGAAGGAAGAGACAUUUAGUGACGAACAGCGGGUAAAGUCAACAGUUGUCAAAGCAGAGAAAGUGAAUUUCCAAACAGAGACUAGGUAUCUGCUGGACUUGAUAGCUAAAUUCAAAGAAGAGGACUCGGGUUCUCUACCACCAAAAAGUGAAAAUAUAAUUUCAACAUCUGGGCUUAGUACAGGUGGAUUUGGUAUUGGAAGUAGGGAAUCCGUACCACCUGCUGUGAAUUACAGUGGGACUACUAGCAAUGUUACCAGGGAGACUGGUGUACCUACAAGUCAGAUGAAUUCAUAUAGUAAUCAGUACGGUGGCUCAAGAUUUCCUUCAGCUGGCUCCUCUGGCAUGUAUACGAGCUGUAGUAGCUGUGGUGGAACAGGACAUAACUCUUCCAAUUGCCCAAGUCUUAUGAGUGGUCCAGGACAAUCUUAUGGAAGUGGUCUCGGCAACAAGGGAAUUCCUGGGGCAGGUGGUGGGGGUGCAUCUGGUGAGUGCUUUAAGUGCCAUCAAUUAGGCCACUGGGCAAGGGAUUGCCCGGGCACGAGCAAUGUGCCUCCUGCUUAUGGGAGCAGUAAUGUGACCCCUGGGAGAUAUGGCAUGGCACCGAAGCAGCACGUUGGUGGGUUUUGAGUUUCUUUAGGGUGAUAAUAGUUGAUGAAAUCCCCUGUACAAUAACUAACUCUCUGUUUUGUGAAAAGCAUGCUGCUAUACCAAGUUUUGGGAUCGUUGCUAUAGUUUUGUACAGCGGUUUCAGAAAAUAGCUCUGGCUUGUUGCCGUGCACUUGUGAAACUCUUAGAGAUUGGGUUGGUGGGACUUGAGAAUCAGUGGCAAGUUAUCACUGUGUAGCCCCUUUUUAUGUAAAUUAUUUCCCUUUUACUUUCUGGCAAAAAAGUUAUUUAAAUUCA